UAUUAAGACCCUUUACUGUGACCCAAGGGACUCAGAUUCAGAUCAAGAUGAAGUUGGAGAAUUUUCUUGAUGAUGACGAUGAAGAAGCACAGGUGUCACAAGUUGAACAGAAAUAUAUUUUACGUAAACCAAUCAGACCUUAUAUAUGCUCUACUCCAGAGGACUUUAAUGAAGAGAAAGAUUUCCUCUUCAGGGAGGUGUUUCCCAAAAUUCAUGAACUGUGCAAGUUACGAGGGGGUAACUUCUUGCCAUAUGAUGUACGAUGGAAUCCCAAUGGCGAAGAAGCAGCAUCCGGGAAUUUGUUGAAGUUAAAUUUAGAUUAUAUAAGUAAGAGUUCUCCUUUCUUUAUCUGCCUGCUUGGAGAGAGUUAUGGGCCCUACAGGCAAGUGGAGAGACCACCCCUUCCUAAAAAAAUCAUAAAUGUCGAAGACCUUGAUGAAAUGGAUUGGAUGGAUAAAAACUAUCUAAUGGCCGCCUCAGCCGGAUACACAUGGGUGCUACAAGAAAGCCAUCAGAACACUAGUUUUACAGAGUUAGAGAUAAUUCAGGCUGCAUUUCUCUGCGACAACAGAUACUGCCAUUUCUACUACAGACAACCUGAACAUUUAGAUGUUAAAUUCGGACAUUUGUCAGAGGAAAAGAGAACUAAACUCAGCAAGAUACAUUUACCUGAAAAUGAAUAUGCUGAUCUCAAUAUAAGGGAUUUGAAGCAGAGAAUAGUGAAGAAGGCUCUGCCUGUGAAAUAUUUUAGGACUAAUGAAGAACUUGGUAGACAUGUGAUAAAGGAUUGGACAGCUGUUAUAGAUGGGGUGUAUCCUGCCCUAGAGCACCCACUCUCCUCCUUUGAAUCAGAGGAAUACACUGAGUGGGUAGCCAAUGAAGUGUUUGCUGAGAGCAGACGACAGGUUUUUGUGACAUCUGUUGAGCUCAAUGGACUGAAGGAGAAGAUGACAUCAUUUGCACUCGAGGUUCUAGAUGAGAAUGUUUAUGAAAUAGAAGAAAAAAUGAUAGAGAGACCAUAUUCAAUUCUAAAUUUGUUGAAAAAGAAGGAGGCAGUUGUAGCACGUUAUAAAUCAAUCAUGGUUGUCCAUGGUGACAGAGGAAGUGGAAAGAGCACCCUGAUUGGUAACUGGAUCCAAAAAUUCAAGGCUGAACACAAUGAUGUCAAGGUCAUUUGUCAGUAUGUGGGCUGCAGUGGAAGGUCAGCAGACAUUUCAGUCUUUCUCAGACACUGUAUAAAGGAACUCAGAGAAGAAUACCUCAGGCCAGUGGAGUGUUCCUCAGAGAGUGGAUUAACUGAGGAGGACCAGCCAUGGACAUUCCAGGAAGUGUGUCAGGCAUUUGUGGCUGCUCUCUCAUUGGGUCCUGCUGUCAUUAUCAUUGAUGGUUUGGAUGAGAUUGGCAACACACUGGGACUCACUAUUAGACAGGUCAAAGAAUUGAAGUGGCUGCCUUUUCCUUUACCUACACAAUGCAGAAUUAUCUUCACAACUUGUCGCUCAGAUCUGACUUACCAUUCCUUGUCAUCAAGGAAAGACACAAUCCUACACACUGUUCCAUCAUUUCAUUCUUCCAAAAUCCAGACAGCAUUUUUGGAAGAAGCUAUGCUGCAACAUUUUGACCACUUGAAUGAGGAGAACCUCCUCCAAGUUCAUGACAUGAAGCUCUCUAACAAGCCCCUCUUUCUCUCUCUCUUGGCUGGGGAGAUGUGCUGUUUCAGUGUGUACACUGGACUUUUUGAAUACCUGGAAGAAAUAGGGGAGAAGAUAUCCUCCCUGAGAGACUACUGUCUUCGCUGCUUCCAGAGGUGGUCACGUGAGAUGAGUUGGACGAAAGAGAAUCUCUAUGGAGAACUGGAUGAUGAAGAUCUUCUAGAACUUGAGGGGUGGAUUCCAGACACCUUGCGUUUGCUAGCUGUGUCCAGGACGGGUCUUUCUCAGGUUGACAUUUUUACAUUAUUGAGGGGACUAGGCUACAGAAAUUCCAAAGAAGUCAGGAACUUCCAAUGGCUUCAGUUCUGUACAUGCUUCAGAGAAUGGGUGUAUGAGCUCCCAAAUGGACAAAUACAAUUUGCUCACCAACAUUUGAAAGAAAUUGUGGAGUAUGUUUUGCUUCGAGGUGCAACAAAAAAGGAUGUUAGUCCGCGCCGUAAAACGGCCAAUAUAAAUUCCCUAAAAGCAGGCAGUGGUGGGGUAGAAGUUGCAUCCACUGGUGAAUGUGAAAAAGAGUGGAAAGGUCAAAAGAACAGGUUCCACAAUCAGCUUGCAAAGUACUUCCUCAAACAGCCAUUCAACCAAAGGGUCUUGGAAGAGUUACCUUGGCAACUAUUGAUGUCUGGAGACAUGGAUACUCUGCUUCAAGUUUUAAAUGAUCCACUGAUGAUAGAAGGUUUUCUGGAUGAGAGGAGACAGAACCCCUCAAACAAACUGGACCUGGCCUUUUUCUGGUCUCUGAUAAAGGAGGAUGGAAAAGAUGUGUGUACAAUGUACCAGAAACUUCUGAUGAGACUGGGAAUCAUGGAAGAAGAGAGAGAGGAGAUCAUGCAUGACCAGAAUGCAGAGGAUCUUGAAUUGGACAGUGUAACAAGUGAAAUUUCAUCACACGAGGAUGAGACAGCCUCCUCCUCCAGGGAGAACCUCAACAUGACUGUCCCUAGGAUAGUGACCUACCCUCCCACGAGGGAGCUGUCAGCAGUGACAGAGGAGUCCAUCACUAGCAGUCUGGGGGUCAGGACCCCUCACCAUCACAGGCUGGAGGAAACGGUGUAUGAAGAUCCCAAUGAUGAACAGAAGGAAAGUGGAAGAACUAAACCAGUGGAUAAGAAUGGUGCUGUAUUUUUGACUGAAACUAAAGCUGAAACUCCAGGUGCAGAUUCUCCAUUAUUAUACCAAACUCAUGAAAUUUGCAACACAAUUAAGAUUGCCUGGCUUAUCGCGAAUUUCCUCAAAGAUCUGGGUCAUGUAGAUGUAACAGAGAAAAUACUGACAGCAUUAAACAAAAAACUUGUAAAGAGUUAUCCACUGGAACAUGAGGAUAUGUUGAUACACGCUCGGGUUCAGGAAUCUCUCGGAAAGUACUGUCAGCAGAGAGGGGAUUUGGACCUUUCUGAAAAGUAUUUUACGAAGUCCUUCCGAAUUGUCACCGAUCUGUCAGAACUUGAUGAGGAAUCAACUGUUAAUUUCAUGGAAUUAGAGAAUCUGAAAGGUAAAAUUCUGUCACAUUUGGGAAACCUUCGCAUGAAUGAAGGCUUAGUGGAUAGUGCUGAAGACUUGUUAACAGAAGCUCGCGAUGCUGUAGAAAAUAGCGGAAAUCUGAGCGCCAAAGCCACCAUUUUGUACAACCUAGGACUUCUAAGAAUGCAACAACAGGACUAUAUUAUGGCAGAAACAAGUCUGCGACAAGCUUUGAAUAUCAGGGAGCAAUGGUUUGGGAAAUCUCACCCUCUUGUCGCAGACGUUCUUUAUGCUCUGGCUGAAAUCAUGGGAAACCCCGACAAUUAUCGUGGGUUCGACAGAGUUCGUUCAGAGGGAGUGUACAGGAAAGUUCUUAAGAUCAGAGAAGAUUGCCUGGGAAAAGAACAUCUGGCCGUUGCAGAUAUAUUGUUCCAGCUAGGAAAACUUUUACAAGAUGAAAUAAACUAUGCUGCAAAAUGUGAGGCUGUGCAGUUGUUGCGUAGAGCUCUUGAUAUUAGAACAACCAAGCUAGGUGGAGAUCACAUUGACAGUAGGGCUGUAAGACAGUAUCUCAGUCAGCUGGAAAUCUCACUCAAGAUGGGUAGAUAUGAGUUUGGGUCAGCGAGGCUGACUGAUACACGAACAGCCGAUCGACCUUAUAGCAAACUUUCCUGGCACGAGAAAGAUCUAGCAAAUUUAGACAAACGUUCCAGGUCAAGAAGUGCAAGUCGAAACUCUGGAUCUGUGCUGAGGUCCCGACCUUCAAGCUAUAAAGAGGACCCUCAUGGACAAUCUCUGAGCCGAUAUAGUAGUGUCAGUCAUCUAAGCGCCUCUGAGAAGCUACUAAUGGACGCAGAUCGUCCAAGGCUGCUUCAUCGUGAUAAUAUAGACAGAAAAUUGAAAGUUUCACCUCCUUCAUCUGAGGUAAAUUCACAAAGGCGACAUGUAACGGUUGAAAUAAAAGUUGAAGAUGGUAUUGAUAGGCCACAAGGAAUGGAUGUCGAGACGAGAGAUGCAAAUCCUCAGAUUGAUAGCUAUGGUGAUGAAAUUCGUCAAACUGAAAGUUUAGCUGUCGGGCAAGAAACUAAGAGAACUCAGUUUGCAGAGCAAACAGAAAGUGGUCCAGCAGAAUUAUUCAAACGAUAUAGUAGUGCUGGAAGUUCUCGAUCAUCUAUUUCACGACAGCAAGAUAGAGGAUUAGUUAGAGGAAACAGUGCUAAAAGUUACCAGAGUUCUCACAUAACUGGUUACAGUACACACUCUAGGGCUAGUGUACGAAGUGGUCAUUCUCGUCGAAGUGCUCCUGGUCCACAUGCAAUCACUCCAGGAAACACAAAGUCGGUCACUGCAGGUCCGAACUCAACUUUAGACAGUCUCAUUCCACGAUCACCUCGUGAUCUAGUAAGAACUGUACACCAUCGUUCUGCAUGGUAUCACGUACCUGGUCGUUAUGCUACCUCCCAGAAACCUGUCCCACCAAAACGUUCACAGAAAACACCAGAAGCAAAGGAAUUAGAACAUCGACUUUUUGGAAGUAGAAACUCAAAUAGGGAAACACAACAGACUUUAUAUCGUAAAUCCCCUCCUAAGGUCAAUAAACCAAGACCUAUUCAAUCCAGGGACAUAAACAAAGAAUUUGGAAUGACUGUUAAAGGGAUAGGGCCAGUGAUUUCUAAUGGUUACUAUAGUAGUCCUCCACAUGACUAUGCUGUUGAGUCGUAUGUUGAUGAAGAUACUGAACACCAUAAUACAACUGUUAAAUUUAAAGAAGCCGUAUUUAUGGAGUGAGAGGAGGCAUAAAGUUAGAUCUGUUGAUUUUUUUUAUUGUUUUUGUGACCUUCCAGAGUGUUAUCACUUUAAAGAUACGUUAAAUGUAUCUUAAAAGUAUGUCUAAUUGUCAUGAAAUAUGAUAUAUUCUAAUUGUUAUAUUUAAACUCUUGAGAAUAAAAUUAUAAAUUAUAUAUUUGAUAGGAAUUAGAUCUGAUAAAAUAUUAGAUUUUCAAGAACCUUUCAUGUAUAUUGAAAUAGAGGUCAGUGUAAUUUUUUUCUGUGUUCAACUUUCAACAAAAUGUCUGUGAUAAAUAUAUAGUAUG